UAGUGAUAAGGCAAUGUAUUAUAUCAUGUGUAAUGGGAUUACAAUGUACAGUGUAAAACACUUUUCUGAUAUGUAUAAAUUCAAUGAACAUAUAACUAAAUCAUGAAAAUAUGUGUAGUUUAAAAUAAAAGUCUUGCACAGACGUGUAAUCGGUACAAAUAUUACAGCAAAAACAAAAUCACUUCAACACAUUCGAUCAACAAAGCCUUCACGAUGGCAUGGGCGGUGCUACUUUCAUUUCUGCAUGUGCACACUGGCAUGCAGACAUGCAUCUUCAUAUGCAUCGGAGACAGCUUCAUGACCACAGCCCUCACCAAUGUGCUCUGUGAAUCGUCAGACAGGAAGCUCCAACAAUAUGAGGAUAUAAAAAGAGAACAUCUGAAAAAGGAAACUCAUGUAAGCAAGACACACCGUUAAAUCUAACUAAGAUAACUAGGAACAGUUAAAUCACAGGAACCAGGUUCUCCUUACCUCAGGUAUUAUUGCAUUCAGACAUCACCAUGGGUACACCAAAGGGCAAAGAGAGGAAGCCAUUCAUCCUGGAAGUGGAUGACAGGACUGACGAAGAGCGUGCACAGAGCAAAGAACAGGAAGCAAAGGAUCACUGGGCAUCUGCUCUUCGACUGGGUCCAACUGAAAAAGACAGAAGCCCUAUGGACUCUGAAUAUCAAGAGGACGUAGGAGAGACCACUCCGCAGAUCAAAAUCAACAGGAAUUUCCUCAAGGGUAUCAGUGGAAUAACAGGCGAAGCUGCUCAAGACAAAGACAAAUUCGACAUUAAAAGGCUCUUCACAGCAGUUUCAAGUGGAGAGGUUGCCCAGCUAGAGGGACUGGAGCAGUAUCUGCGUCGUGCUAUGAAAUACCUGACUGACUCUGCCUAUCAGUCCAAGGGCAAGACUGCUUUACUCAAAGCUCUCCUAAACCUAAGAGAUGGCAGGAAUGACACCGUUAAAUUGCUCCUUGACAUCACUGAGAAGAUGGGUGAUUUGAAGAAAUUUGUCAAUGCGGCAUAUACUGAUGUUUAUUACAAAGGCCAGACUGCCCUUCAUGUAGCCAUUGAGAGAAGGAGUAAAUACUUUGUUAAGCUUCUGGUUGAGAAAGGUGCUGAUGUCCAUGCCAAGGCCUGUGGGAAGUUCUUUCAGCAGCAUGAUGGACCCUGCUUCUAUUUUGGCGAGCUACCGCUUUCGCUGGCAGCCUGCACCAACCAGAGAGACAUAGUUGACUUCCUGUUGGAAAACCAGUACCAGAAUGCAGAUGUGAGGGAGACAGACUCACAGGGUAACAUGGUUCUCCAUGCUCUGGUGCUGGUAGCAGAUAACAGUCUGGAGAACACGGAAUUUGUUAUUAAGAUGUAUGACCACAUCUUGGCCAAAGCAGCACAGCUUUACCCAAAAGUCAAGCUGGAGGAGAUUGAGAACAACCAACGCCUCACACCAAUUAAACUUGCAGCCAACAGAGGCAAGAUUGAGCUGUUUAAACAUAUGUUACAUCGAGAGUUCCAGGAUAAAGAGACCAGACAUCUUUCCAGAAAGUUCACUGAGUGGGCCUAUGGGCCUGUCUAUUCCUCACUGUAUGACCUGUCAUCACUGGACACCUGUGAGAAGAAAUCUGUCCUGGAGAUAGUCGUUUACGGGACCGAAAUCCCAAAUCGUCUGGAGAUGCUUCAGGUGGAGCCACUCAAUCAGCUGCUGGAGGAGAAGUGGAAGAGAUUUGGUUAUCCAAUAUUUCUCUUCAAUUUUGUAGUUUAUGUGUUGUACCUCUCCGUAUUCUCCACUGUGGCCUAUUUCAGGAAAGACGGAUCAGCUGGUCUGCCACCAUAUCCGUUGGAGGAUACACAAGAGGAUUACUUCCUCCUGGCAGGGCAACUCAUACUUCUCUUGGCUUCUGUUUACUUCUUCUUUAAAGGGUUUUCGGAUUUCAGAAGGAAACGUCCAAAACUGGGAACUUUGUUAAUAGAUGGCUUCUGUGAACUCCUUUUUUUCAUCCAGGCAGUUCUCUUCCUGGCAUCUGUGGCACUCUACUUUUGUGGCAGGAUGGAGUACCUUGGGUUCAUGGUAUUCUGUCUGGCUCUCAGCUGGAUGAACCUACUCUACUUCUCCAGAGGAUCCAAGAACAUGGGCAUCUACAGCGUCAUGAUACAGAAGAUGAUUCUUGGGGACAUUUUACGUUUUCUUUUUGUUUACAUGGUUUUCCUCUUUGGAUUUUCAUCAGCGGUAGUCACUCUACUGGAUGAACCAGAGACAAACAAAACAUUUGUUCCCAAAGCGCGUUUUGGAUAUGUAAACACUGAUGAUUCGAACACUUGCAAAAAGCCAACUUUCAAGAACUUCUACUUCACUACUCUGGAGCUGUUCAAGUUCACCAUAGGCAUGGGGGACCUGGAGUUCACUGAGCAGUACCGCUACAAGGAGGUGUUCUAUGUGCUUCUCAUCUCCUACAUCGUCCUCACCUACAUUCUGCUCCUCAACAUGCUCAUCGCCCUCAUGAACAAAACUGUGGAGAAGAUCUCAGAGGAGAGCACCAGCAUCUGGAGACUACAGCGAGCCAUUACCAUCCUAGAUACAGAAAGACGUCUACCACAGUGUUUGAAGCGCAGACUUCGUUCUGGAGUAGAGAAAAACCUGGGCAAGGGGAAUGGAGAGGACCUUCGCUGGUGCUUCAGAGUGGAGGAAGUCAACUGGAACAAAUGGAACACCUGCCUGGGCAUUAUCCAUGAGGAUCCUGGGAGCCAAGACUUCAAGAUACCAAUGACUCCUCCUAGCAGACCAGGGAGGGGUAAUGUAGCGAUCAUUCUCUUAUCAAACACCCAGUAGAAAUGAAUUGACAGUGUACAAAGUUUUCAAUAAUCUAGUAGCCGUCACUGAUGAUAUCACUGUUGUCUUUGGCUAUUUCACAU